CAUACCUGUGCCUCUAAACAAAGGGUUGUCGCCAAGAUGGCAUCCAUUGGCUGGGUGGCAGAGAGAGCAAUCCCAAUGCUAAGGAGGAAGCCAGCCAUGGGUCCCAAAGAGGUACAUGAUGAGUUAUUUUACAAAUACAACAUUGACAUCCCCUACCAGACAGUUUACAAUGGUACAGUGAGAGCUUCUGAGAAGUUGUUUGGUAAAUGGGAUGAUUCAUUUGAUUGGUUGUAUAGGUUUAAGGCUGAAAUUGAAUUGAGGUCACCUGGUAGUGUGGUAGAGAUAGACACUACAACUGAUGAGGAUGGCACCAUUAGGUUUAGCAGUUUUUUCUGUGCAUUCAAAGCUAGUAUAGAUGGAUUCUUGAAUGGAUGCAGGCCAUAUAUUAGUAUAGAUUCCACAGCAUUGAAUGGAUUGUGGAAUGGUCAUAUGCCUGCAGCCUUAGCUCUUGAUGGUCACAAUUGGAUGUUCCCACUUGCCUUUGGUUUUUUUUGCAUUUGAGAGCAAGGAAAAUUGGGUAUGGUUUAUGUCACAGCUUAGGAAGGCAAUUGGUCCAAUGAACAAUCUAGCCAUCUGCACAGAUGCAUGCAAGGGCCUAGAGUCAGCUGUUAAAGAUGUGUUUCCACAAGCAGAGUGGAGAGAGUAUUUCAGACAUCUAAUGGAGAAUAUGAAGAAGCAUUUCACUGGUGAUGUGUUUGCAAAGAACAUGUGGCCAGCAGCUGGAGCUUAUUCUCCACACAAGUUCCAAUAUUUUUUUGAUAAGGUGCUACAAGCAAGUCCAGAAGUGCAAGUGUGGCUGGACCAACACCACCCUUUUCUGUGGGCAAGAAGCAAGUUUUCUCCUGACAUCAACUGUGACUACAUCAACAACAACUUAGCAGAAAGUUGGAAUGCUUGGAUUAAAGAACACAAGGAUGUCCCUGUUCAUUGCAUGGCAGAUGCAAUUAGGGAGAAGAUCAUGAUCUUGUUUGCCAAAAGGAGAAUAAUUGCAACAGCCUUCUCUCCUGGUAUUUUGCCUGCUGUCAUCCAUCAGCUAAAUGCAGCAUCUAGGGGAUUAGGACACCUAAAGUUCUCUAAAGGCCAUCCCAAUCAAGCUGAAGUCACAGAGGUUUACAAGGAUGAGGAAGUGAGAAGGCAUGUUGUCUAUUUGCCUCAGAAAAUAUGCACCUGCAGGCAGUGGCAACUAACUGGUAAACCUUGUGCUCAUGCUUUGACUGUCAUUACCAGCAUUAGGCAGCCUGAUAUGGGGUCAUUUGUGGACAACUACUACUCAGUGGCAAAGUUUCAAGCAGCUUAUGUAGGGAUUAUUCCUAACAUUACUGAUAGGAAUCAGUGGCCUAAGGACAACAAAGGAUUCAAAGUUCACCCUCCAUGCCAGAAAAAGAGGGCACCUGGUAGGAUUAGGAAGAACAGAAUCAAAUCUUCUAGGGAGACAGGAGGAAAGGCUACUAGGCAAGUGAAGUGCCCAAACUGCCAAGAAUAUGGGCACAGGGCUGGCAGUUGGAAAUGCCAUCUAACUGGAACUAAGAAAAGGAAGAGAACAAAGAAGACAAGUGUGAAGCCUGGAAGGAAGAAAGGGAAGAAAGGAACAGAGCCUGUUGAGGUAUUAACUCCAAGAACAAGAGGUGCACAAGCAAGGGAAGCAGUAGCAAAGGCUAGGAGAGAGGCUGAAGAAGUAGAACUAAAGGCUGCAGCUGCAAGAGAAGCAGCAGAAUUGGCAGCAAGGGCAGAGAUUGAGGCUACCAGAAAUGAGUUUGCAGCUCAUGUCAACCAGCAAGAGGGCCUACAGGUCACUGCCAUACAAACUUCAAUCACAGCUAGAAGGUCACUAUUCAAUGAAGGACAUCAAAUUGAACCUGUCAAGACUUUCACACCGAGGAAGAAGCAGCUAGCUCAUAAAGUGAAGAAGAUGACACCAAAGAAGAAAGGAGGGAAGGGCAAGUGAGCCUGAGCCUACUUGUUGGUGUCCUUUUGUGUAAUGUGUAUGGCCACAGGCCUCAAACUGUCUUUUGGAUGCCCUUUUU